AUGUGGGAUGGGACACCAUCUGAUGCUGGGAUAAGCACACCACCACAUGAGGCAGAACUGGACAGCCCCAUCCUACAGCCCCUUGGAGACCCAGAUAUCCAGCUUACAAAUGAAACACAUACAGAUGAAAAGCCUAUGAAAGGCAUUGUUGUGAGCUCUGUCGCAGAAUUCAGCAUCACAGGCGCUUCAUCAAAGGGUACCAAAAAUGAGAAGAAGUUGUCAGAUGCGAGCACAUCAUCCAUUGCUGCCCUGGAGAAAUGCAGAGAAUUCACUUACAUCGAAGAUGACGCAUCGGUACAUCAGAGAGACAGUGAUGAUGAAUGUGCGACCCUUAUCCUGGCCUGCUUGUUCUGCCAAUUUUGGGACUUUCUUAUAAUGCUGCCUGAUACCUGUGAACAUUGGCUGAUAGAUACCUGUUGUCCAUCCAAUAGAUACUACCAGACCUCCAACGACGACCACGCCAACAACGACUGCAACUGUGACUGUGACAUUGAUUGCAGCCUUUUUGAGUCCUGCCACGAGACUGGUGAGUGCCUGGAACUUGCCAUGGAGAUUUCCGAAGUCUGUUAUCGCUAGGACGAAAAUAAAGAGGCAAAAUUCCUCCCAACUGCCUG